AUGACGGGUACCACAGAUUUCGCUUCGCGAUGUCAGCCAUUCACUAUAGAUUUGGAUGGGCACACUAUCCAUCAGUAUAGAGGGAUCAAAUAUGGUAGUCUUUCGCGACGAUUUGCUGAUCCCGAAGCCAUUUCAUAUGAAAGCUACGCCGACAAGCUUGAUUGCACGCGAUUUGGUCCAAUAUGCCCUCAGGUAUCAACAGACUUUCAUCAUUUGUUGCGAGUUCCAGAAGAAAUCAAAUCUCUAGAGCCGAAGGUUGACCAGGAUGAAUUUGAGUGCCUAAACCUCGCUAUAACCGUGCCGGCGGGCGCAAGAAAAGGUCUCCCAGUAAUGAUAUGGAUUCAUGGUGGUUCCCAAGUUAUGACGUUCAUACCAGCAUCCUCACCAUGUGCGGAUAAUAUCCCUUUUGUGGCAAAUUCAAUGAAGCAAGAGCAGCCAAUGAUCGUAGUAUACGUUAAUUACAGACUCAACAUUUUUGCUUUCGGGGACGGCAAAGGUAGUCCAAACCUCGCACUCAAGGAUCAGCGACUGGCAAUUGACUGGACGGUCAAGCAUAUAGAGAGUUUUGGUGGAGAUCCUAACAAUAUCACGCUUGCUGGAGAGAGUGCAGGUGCUGUCCAUGUGCAUGCCCAUAUGUUGACUGGAGCUCCUAUCCAGAGAGCUAUCUUGCAGUCUGGAUCACUUCACCUGUCGCCACCCCAAGAUCCGAUUCGUGGAGAAGGGUUAUAUACAACCUUGGGGAAUAUUCUUGAGAAGGAUGGUCUUACUCUUUCCAGUGCUCCUGUCAAAGAUGUGCUUGGUGCACUCGCUGAAUCGAAGGUCGUUUCCAUGUGGCUGCAAUUGACCGAGGAGCUUUCCGGGUGGGAAACACGAAUCAGCCAUAUAGACCAACUUUUGAUCGGAGACGUCGAGUACGAGUCCAUCAUCUGGCGAAAUGGCAUCGAAACUAUGACUGCUGCUGAAAUCGUGGCUGCUUUUGACUCUGCUGGUGAUCAAGCUUUGCAGCUCAAGUCUCUGUACAACAUCGAUGCUGAUAGACCUUCAUCGUGUAAGUUCGGUGCAUUAGACUUCAUUAACGACACGAGAUUCACUCUUCCGGUCAUUCUAAUCAGAGACGCGUACCGCAAAGCUGGAAAAUCUGUGUACCAUUAUACUUUCGACCAAGCAAAUCCUUGGCAAGCUUCGAGCAGAGCACACCACGCAGUUGAUCUUCUUAUGUUAUUCGGAAAUCUUAAUCUCAACGCCGCUGCUACUGCAGUCAGACAAGAAGUUCAAGACAAAUGGCUGAACUUUUGUAAUGGACAAGGACCUUGGUCAGAGGAUGGGAUCUACGCUUUUGGUCCUUACGGACGUUGUAAUUUGAUCACGCCAGAAGAGUACGAGAGCCGGCGCCGAUUACGUCCUUGCGCUUUCUUGAAGCAACUCGGCUCUGGUCAAUACAAUCCCAUAUUUGGGAAGCUAGCUGCAGGAAGAAUCAGUUUGCUAAAUUGA